UUUCUUGGUAAAAUCGUGUUUUAUUCACAGCGUUGGCCAUGGGAGAAGCGGAGACGCGUCAGAAAUUACUGCGCAACGUGAAAAAAGAGGUGAAACAAAUUAUGGAGGAAGCGGUAACAAGAAAAUUUGUGCAUGCUGACAGCAGCCACAUCAUAUCAUUCUGUGCCAUAGUGGAGGCAUGUGUGCUCCACGGGCUCAAGCGCCGGAUCGCUGGCCUUUUGUGCAGUAAUAAAGUGGCAGCACUUUUCAUGAAGGUGGCCAAGAACUUUUCACCAGCUGAACAACUUUGCCAGAAGGUCCAGGAACUGGAACAACUCAUCGAAAACAACAAACAGAACAUCUCAUCAGUGAGUAAUGAGCGCAGUCGUCAGUCCAAACUGGGGAACCUCCCUCCACAGGCUCUGAAACACCUCUGGAUCCGAACGGCACUGAUGGAAAAACUCUUAGACAAAAUAGUUCUGUUCUUGGUAGAAAACUGCAGUACGUAUUAUGAGAAGGAGGCCAUGCUGAUGGACCCUGUGGACGGACCCAUCCUCGCUUCACUCCUGGUUGGACCAUGUGCUCUGGAGUACACCAAAGUAAAGACCGCUGACCACUACUGGACCGACCCGUCUGCAGACGAGCUGGUGCAGAGACAUCGUAUUCACAGUGGACACUGUCGGCAGGACUCCCCCUCCAGGCGCCCGGCUCUGAUCCAGAAAAGGCAGUCCAGUGGGAGUAUGGACGACCGGCCCCUCACGUGGGUCAGAGAAUAUGUGGAGUCACUGCAUCAGAACUCCAGAGCCACUCUGCUGUUUGGCAAAAACAAUGUCCUCGUGCAGCCGAGGGAUGAUAUGGAGGCGAUCCCAGGAUACCUCUCUCUUCACCAAACCGCUGACCUGAUGACUCUAAAAUGGACGCCAAAUCAACUGAUGAACGGAAACAUGGGAGAACUGGACUCAGAGAGAAGUGUGUACUGGGACUACGCCAUGACUAUACGUCUGGAGGAGAUUGUGUAUCUCCACUGUCAUCAGCAAGUGAACAGCGGGGGCACCAUUGUUUUGGUAAGCCAAGAUGGGAUCCAGAAACCUCCUCUGCAUUUCCCCAAAGGAGGUCAUUUACUCCAGUUCCUCACGUGUUUAGAGACUGGACUCCUACCUCAUGGACAGCUGGACCCUCCCCUGUGGAACCAGAGGGGAAAGGGAAAGGUUUUUCCAAAGUUACGAAAGAGGAGUCCACACGGCUCCUGUGACUCUGUUUCAGAUAAAGAAGAUGAUGAAGCCACAGAUUACGUGUUCCGUCUCCUCUUUCCUGGUAAUCAAAUGGAGUUCAUGGCGCUGGAGCUGAUGGACCAAGGCGUGACCAUGUGGCAGCCGACCCAAAGGAAGUCGUCCUGCUCCUCCUGCUCACAAAACGGCUCCUCUGACAGCUCCCUCCCCAGCGCCUGUAAUCAAGAGAGAGCUCCGAUAAAGCUUCUGUGUGACACCAUGAAGUACCAGAUCAUCUCUCGGGCCUUCUACGGAUGGCUGGCGUACUGCAGACACCUGUCCACCGUCAGGACGCACCUGUCGGCUCUGAUCAAACCCGUCAUCAUGGACCCAGACACGCCCACCAACGCACGGAUAGGUCUGUCUCCUGAAGUCUGGGGCAUGUUCCUCCAGGACAGCUCGGCGUAUGAGGAGGCAGAGCUCCAUCGCCUCGUGUACUUUGGAGGAGUGACUCCGUCUCUGCGUAAAGAAGUGUGGCCUUUCCUCUUGGGACAUUAUCACUUCACAAUGACAAAGAAAAACAGGACAGAGAUCGACAGUCAGAUGCAGAUCAUGUACAGACAGAACAUGAAGGAGUGGCAGGGCUGUGAGGCCAUUGUGCGUCAGCGAGAGCGCGAGAAACACGCCGAGGCUCUGGCUCGAUGUUUAUCAGGGGCCAGUGUGGAGAGGGGCCCCGUGCAGAGGGACUCCACCAUCAGCACAGAUUCGUCUCUCAGCUGCAGCACAGAUCAACACAACUCACACUCUCUGAGUGACUCCACCAGCACCGCACAGGUUUUUGAGUCGAUUGAAACAUCGGAGCCUCCAGCCUCGAGUGAAGGACCAGACGGAGGCUCCACUUCCUCAAACAAAGAAAACCAAAGCAGCGUCUCAGAAGCUCCAGCGUCUCCACAGGCCACGAAGGAGGCCAUGAAGGAGGCCACGGAGGAGGCCACGAAGGAGGCCACGAAGGAGGCCACGAAGGAGGCCACGGAGGAGGCCACGAAGGAGAUCACGGAGGAGGCCAAAGACAAGGCCACAGACGAGGCCACAGACGAGGCCACGGAGGAGGCCACGAAGGAGGUCACGGAGCAGGCCAUGAAGGAGGCCACGGAGGAGGCUAAAGACAAAGUCACAGACGAGGCCACGGAGGAGGCCACGAAGGAGGUCACGAAGGAUGUCACGGAGGAGGCCACGGAGCAGGCCAAAGACAAGGCCACAGGCGAGGACAAAGACCAAGCCAAAGACCAGGCCACGGAGGAGGCCAAAGACAAGGCCACAGAUGAGGACAAAGACGAGCCGCUGCCUUCAGUCGCUGACGCUGAACCGACAGAAAAAGCAGAAGAAACAAGUCAAAGCACAAGCCACGAGGCAGAGGACAGUUUGGAAACAAGUGGCACCAAACAACAGUCGACGUCUGAAGAGAACGGAAGCUCUGGAGAAGAGAAAGUAACGACCAACAACGCCUCAGUCGAUUUAAAAGCUGUAGAUACAAAUAUGAACUUAAGGCCUACUACAGAAACCACCGAUGUUCUCAAGUUACAAACAGAGAUCCAUAAUGAAUACUUCCAAGCGCCUCCACUCGGUCAAACCUUGGCCAGAAAAUUCAAAUCUUUCACUGCUGAACCUUCACCUGAUAAAGACCGUCUCACAUCCAGUGUCCACGUUUCCCCACAGACGUCACCGAUCGAAACUUCUGAAAAGACAGAGCUCACACCAUCAGCUCCAGACUCAGAAAACAUGAAAGAGAAAACAGUUGAAAUAUCCUCUGACAAACUCGGCUCAAAUUCACCCGUUCGACAAGUCCUCAACGCUCUGCAGUCAGCGUCCAGAGGGAGCCUGUCUCUGUCCAGACAGUCUCCAGACACGGCCGACUCCGACGACUCGCCCUCGGCUCUGGAGAUGGAGGACAUCCCGGUUGGAAUCACGUGUGUGACUUCAGAAGAUCCCAGAGGCAGACCCCUGACGGCUCUGGCAGCUCCUCCUUUCAGACUCACUCAGAGGGACAAACCUGCGUCAGAAGAACUGGACCCACAUCUGGACACGGCCGGGAACACCAGCCCUGAAGGAACUGACCUGGGACUGUCCGAGGAGGAGCUGGAGAUGGAGAAGCUGGAGAUGGAGAACGUGCUCUCUGAAGCCAAGACUGUGGACUCACAGGGAGACGUCAAGUGCAAAGAGACGUCUGAAGAACAAGGCUAUUCGCAGGAACAACUGGACAUGUACCUGAUUAAUUUACAUCGUAUCGACAAAGACGUGCGACGCUGCGACAGAACGUACUGGUAUUUCACCCCAGAAAACCUCGAGAAGCUGCGAAACAUCAUGUGCAGUUACGUCUGGCUGCAUCUGGACAUCGGUUACGUCCAGGGCAUGUGUGACCUGCUCGCGCCUCUUCUCGUGAUUCUAGACGAUGAGGUUAUGGCGUUUAGUUGUUUCACUGAGUUGAUGAAAAGGAUGAACCAGAACUUUCCUCACGGUGGCGCCAUGGACACACACUUCGCCAACAUGCGUUCUCUCAUCCAGAUCCUGGACUCGGAGCUGUUUGAACUGAUGCAGCAGAACGGAGACUACACCCACUUCUACUUCUGCUAUCGCUGGUUUCUGCUCGACUUUAAACGAGAAAUGGUGUACGACGACGUGUUCUCCGUGUGGGAAACGAUCUGGGCGGCUCUGCACACGUCCUCUGAGCAUUUCGUCCUGUUCAUCGCUCUGGCGCUCGUGGAGAUGUACAGAGACAUCAUCCUGGAGAACAACAUGGACUUCACAGACAUCAUCAAGUUCUUCAACGAAAUGGCAGAGCGACACGACGUCCCCAAAGUCCUGAACAUGGCUCGUGACUUGGUGCACAAGGUUCAGAGGCUCAUAGAAAAAGAGUGAUGGAGUCGCUGUACAAAACACGCCGAGCAUCCGUGUUUCUGUGAGGAAAAAAACCACAAGAACAGAACCGGUGCAUUUAAAUGUGAAACUGCUUUAUUUAAACACCUGUCUCCGGCUGCACCUUAAUGUAAAAACACAGUGAUUGUCAUGUAAACUGUGCCAUCGUAGUCGUUCUAGUCGUGAAUGUUUCCCAGUAAAAAUCUGCUUCAGGAUGUGAUUUGAUUUGCCUUAAAUUUACAGUUUUUUCAGGGAUCCUGCCGUCCACCCGACCCUCGUACACAAGGCAAUGUAAAAACACGUCACUAUGAAGUUGUAGCUCGCGUGGUUCUCUGCGCCGCGCACUCGUGUUGUUUAAUGUCACGUUUUUUUUAAACAUGACGUAGCUGUGAUCAGUUUCAC